AUGAGUGCACAACUGUUAGAAACUCCUUCGAAAUCACGAAAACCUAGGAAUUCUGCUUUUUUUCAACAAAAGCUUCCAGCAUGGCAACCAAUGUUUACUGCUAAAAAGUCUGGAAUAGCAUUCACAGUUUUCGGAAUUGUACUGAUACCCAUCGGUAUUGUAUUACUAACGACGUCAAAUAGUGUUGUAGAAUAUCUUGUGGACUAUACAGAUUGUACUAGGAAUGGUACUGAAGAGUUAUGCUCUCAAGUAAUUGCCUCGGGGAAACCAUGUGUUUGUGUCAAACAUAUUACUGUUGAAUCGUCCAUUCCUGGACCCGUUUAUUUAUAUUAUGGUUUAAGCAACUUUUAUCAAAAUCAUCGACGAUAUGCACGAUCUAAAAAUGAUGAUCAGUUGCUUGGUAUUUAUCAAGACCCAAGUUCGCUAUCUUCGUGUAACCCAUAUGUGUCGAUUGACGGUAAACCGAUACUUCCGUGUGGUGCAAUUGCAAACAGUAUAUUUAAUGACACAUUUAUCCUGACAUAUAUACGGAAUGAUAAUACCAAAGUUGAUGUCACAACUACAACAAAAGGUAUAGCAUGGCCUUCCGAUGUUGAUCGCAAAUUCGGGACCUUAAAUGCAAACGCUCUCAAUAAUACAAUCAAGCCACCAAAUUGGCCUCAACCAAUUCAAGCAAGAUCUUCAAAUCCAUUUAAAACUGAUGAAGCUCUAAUAGUAUGGAUGAGAAUAGCUGCUUUGCCAAAUUUUCGUAAAUUAAACGCUAUUGUAGUUCAGAAAGAUGAUUUUGCAAAUGGUCUACCCUCAGGAACAUAUGAAAUUGUUAUUAACUACUUCUAUCCAGUUACUUCGUUUGGUGGUAGGAAAAAAUUCAUAUUAGCCAAUGCUAGUUGGUUAGGUGGAAAAAAUCCAACACUUGGAAUCCUAUGUCUAAUUACUGGUUCUAUACAUAUAUGUCUUGGUAUAGCAUUCCUUGUAGUGCAUUUUUUGUAUGGUAAACGUCCAGCUUUUCCUUCAUCGGUUUGUUUAAUUCGAUGUGCAAAUUAA